ACACAGAGUCACGGAUUCCGCUACUCUCGUGCCCGUACACAUCCGACAGGAGAAGCACGCCGGCGCCGUUGUUGUUCUUGAGCGCCUGAAUGUAGUAGCCGGAGAAUCCUUCCUCCUCAUCGCCGAGCUCCACAUCUAAGUCAUUCACCAGCUCGCAGACCUCAUCGUCGUCCACUGCCGAGCUGCCGUCGUUUGCAGCAGCCACUUGGUUGCGUUGCGUGUUGAGUGUUGCAGAUCCAGACGUUUGCUGCCGUUUACGUCGCCCAUACCCAGUUUGUGGAAUUGAGGUUCACUGCCAUGGAGUUCACGGGAGCGCCUCGCUUGUUGAUUGCGUCGGAUCUGGACCACACCAUGGUGGAGCAUGGUGAUCAUGACAACAAGUCUUUGUUGCGGUUUGGUGCACUAUGGCAGGCGCAUUUCAGCCAUGACUCCUUACUUGUGUAUUCUACUGGAAGGUCGCCAAAGAUGUUCGCCGAUUUACGGGGAGAGGUGCCUUUACUGACACCUGCAAUUGCUGUUUUGUCUUGCGGCACUGAGAUCUUCUACGGAGACUCUAUGACAGAAGACGACGCUUGGGUUGACAACAUCAAUAAGGGCUGGAGUCGUGCAGCAGUUGAGGAGGUUGCUAAUGAAAUGAAUCUCAAGUAUCAGUGUGAUUCAGAGCAAAGACCGCACAAAGUAAGCUUCCACGUCAGAAAGGAGGAGGCCAAGUACGUCAUACCCAGUCUUCGAGAAAAGCUGUUAGCUAAAGGACUGGAUAUCAAACUUAUCUACAGUGGAGGCUUGGAUUUAGAUGUUCUUCCCCGAUCUGCUGGUAAGGGCCAAGCUCUGAGGUACCUAUUAAAUAAACUCAAGGCUGAAGGCUGUGUCCCUCAACAAACACUAGUUUGUGGGGAUUCUGGAAAUGAUCAAGAGCUCUUCAGUGUGGAUAAUGUCUUCGGCGUCAUUGUGGCAAAUGCCCAAGACGAGUUGCUCCAAUGGCAUGCUAAUCAAGUCGGUGACAAGUCGCACAUUUUCGUUUCAACGGAGAAAUGCGCAGCUGGUAUCAUCGAGGCUAUGAAGCACUUUAAUCUUCAGCCAAACGUUUCUCCACGAGAUUGUAAUGUACCACUUUCAGUACAUUGCAGACGGAUUCCAAAGGCUGAUCCAGGUGCUGUCGCUCGAGAGGUGGUAGAAUAUUUAUUGCUCACGGAACAGUGGUUGCGUGGUGAUAUAGAUGCCUCUGAAGCCGCCUUUAGAAGAUUGAAAUUCAGUUUGGAUAAGAAUUCAAAUAGAAUUUGCGCGCGGGGCAUCAUAGAUAAUCCACAUGAAGAGAUAGAAAGUUUGCGGAAUCAGCAUGGUUCACAGAAAGGAAAAAAUUUUCGUAUAUGGGCCGAUCGAGUCCGCUCUAUUAAGCUUAGUGACGAUUCAUGGUUGGUUAGGUUCGACAAAUGGGAGAGAUCAGAUUGUGUUAAUUUACAUCUUGUGCAGAUGCUGAAUGGACGUGUGUGCUCACUAGUGCUCUUUUACAAGCCAAUGAAGAAUUUCCGAAUGGAAUUUGCUGGAAAUUGAUUCAUGAGACAUGGCUCCAAGGCUACGAAGGAUCUGCCCCUCCUAGAAUGUGAACUUGUUCUGCGUGAAUUAUUUUAAUACAAGUUGACUUGCACUGGCUUAUCUUACUGUAUCUGCCCCCCCCCUGCUUGUGCAUACCAUACAUUGAAUUAUCAAUAUUUUUGAAAAACUUCGGCAAGCAUAUCACCAGCGAAGGUUCUAUACCAGUUCUCAUCUUCUAGCAUUAUACAUCAUUUGUAUCUAUUACUCAUAUCCUGCAUGGUUACAUAACUACUUUGUCUUAUUGCUGUAAGCAGCCACUCUGGGUAGCUAACUGAUUUAGGAAAAAAGAUGGAGUUUACAAGAAAGGAUUUAUACCAGAUUUUUCACUGCUAGCUCAGAAAAUUAUGUAUUUGUGGCUAUUUAAGCUACAUUCUUUGGUAGCCAUAGCAUCUGAAAUGGUACUGGAAAAGUACUUGAUUGUUAGUUAAGAAAGUAACAUUCACAGUAUUAUUAUCAAUUUCUAAAACUUGAAUACAUGAUAAAGACUCUUUUCCUGGAUAA